GGGCCACACAGAACGGUUACUUGGAUGAUCAUCACUGGCUCAGGCGUGAAAACACAGCACGCUCCUCGGGGCUUCACUUCUAGAGGCGAUCUUCUUUCUUCCUGGGAGAAAAGAUCCCGACAAGUUCGAGAACAGAAGAAGAAAUUGCAGCUACUCUCGCCUCAGCUGCUUCCACCACGUCUAAUCUUUUCUUCUGGAUACAAACAUGAACUUGAAGAACAUAUUCAAGAAGAAAACCUCUCCGAAAGAAGCUCUGCGAACAAGUAAAAGAGAAAUGACUGUUGCAACAAGAGGUAUUGAACGAGAGAUAGCAUCUCUGCAAAUGGAAGAGAAGAAGUUGGUGGCGGAGAUUAAAAAAGAAGCUAAAACUGGAAAUGAGGCAACUACAAGAAUCUUGGCUCGUCAGCUUGUUAGGUUACGCCAACAGAUAACUAAUUUACAGGGAAGUCGUGCUCAGAUAAGGGGUGUUGCAACUCAUACUCAGGCAUUAUAUGCAAGCACUUCAAUGUCCACUGGGAUGAAAGGUGCAAGUAAGGCAAUGGCAGCAAUGAACAAGCAAAUGGAACCUGCAAAACAGGCAAAGGUGAUCAAAGAAUUCCAAAAGCAGUCAGCACAAAUGGACAUGACGAUUGAGAUGAUGUCAGAAGCUAUUGAUGAAACUUUAGACAAAGAUGAAGCCGAGGAAGAAACAGAAGAGCUCACUAACCAGGUUCUUGAUGAGAUUGGCGUGGACAUUGCAUCACAGUUAUCUUCUGCUCCAAAAGGUCGGAUUGCUUCAAGGAAUGUUGAAAAUGUCGCUACAGGGGCUGAAAUCCAAGAUGUGGAGGAACUUGAAAAGAGGCUCGCUUCUCUUAGACGAAUAUGAGAUAAUCUUAAACGGCUUAGGAAUGCAUAAAAUGGUAUCUUUGCAAAACAUCUAUAAAAUAUUAUGCUUUCUAUGAUGAAAACGGCACCGUUAAAUGCUGAUUUUACAUUCAUAAAAUGGUUCUAAAGAUACCUAUCUAGAUUGUUUAUAGGAUUUAUGGGUUGGUUGUUCGUUCACAUAUUAAAUAUGUAUGUUCUGUUGUACCCAAAAAUCUAUAUUCGGUUAGGCUUCCUGGGGUUCUUGCAUGAAUUUGCCCUCACAAUCA